UUCUCUCCCUCUCUAAUGAAACUCUUCUUCAAACGCCAUUGCACAUCUCUGGCUCACGCACACAACUCGCAGUGCCUUCCAUCACCAUCACAGCUCAUCCACGUCUGCAAAUCGGCCCCGCUCUCCGAAGCAAUCAAGCUUCUGACCUCGAUAAACUCCUCAAUUCCCCUAAAAAAUGCCGUUUCGAAGCCGAUUCUGUACGCCACAAUCGUGCAUUCCUGCACGCGAUCGCUCCACCUCUCCGCAGGCGUGCAGCUCCAUUGCCACCUCAUCAAGUCCGGCCUCGAAGCCGACCGCUUCGUCGGAAACAGCCUGCUCGCUCUCUACUUCAAGCUCGGCUCCGAUUUCAACGAAACUCACAAAUUAUUCGACGGAUUGCGCUACAAGGACGUCGUAUCAUGGAGCUCGAUGAUAUCCGGCUACAUUCGCGCGGGAAAAUCGUGGAAAUCGAUUGAAUUGUAUCUGGAAAUGCUGGAUGCUGGAAUUGAGCCGAAUGCUUUCACUCUCUCCGCAGUGAUCAAGGCGUGUUCGGCGAUUAAUGGAUUUAGAUUGGGGAAAAGCUUGCACGGAGCUGUGGUGAGGUGUGGUUUCGGGGGAAAUGAAGUUAUCUCGGCUGCUCUGAUUGAUAUGUAUGGGAGAAAUGGGGAAUCGAGCGCCUCACGCCAACUGUUCGACGAAAUGCCUGAACCUGAUUCCGUUUGCUGCACCUCUGUGAUCUCUGCCUUAACGAGAUCCGAUUUGUAUCUCGAGGCUCUGAGUAUGUUCAAUUUGAUGCAUAGGAAGUUUGGUUUCAUGCCGGACUGUUUCACUUUUGGGAGUGCCCUAACAGCUUUGGGGAAUUUGGAGAGGUUGAAGCAGGGUAGAGAAAUUCACGCAUUGGCCGCGACGGGUGGUUUCGUGACUGAUGUUUUCGUAGGUAGUAGUUUAGUAGACAUGUAUGCGAAAUGUGGGAUGCUUGAGGAUUCACGCCGUGUUAUUGAUGGAAUGCCAUUGAAAAACUCUGUUUCUUGGUGUGCUCUGCUUGGGGGCUAUUGCAGGAAGGGUGAAUUCGGUGUUGUUGUCGACGUGUUUAGAGGGAUAGAGAAGGAUCUUUACAGCUUUGGGACUGUCAUCCGUGCCUGUGCUGGCUUGGCUGCUGAGAAGCUCGGGAUGGAGGUGCAUUGCCAGUAUUUGAGGCGAGGCGGAUGGAGAGAUGUUGUUGUGGAGUCGGCCCUCGUUGAUUUGUAUGCCAAAUGUGGCCGAGUUGAUUAUGGUUAUAGGGUUUUCUUGAAGAUGGAGGUGAAGAAUAUGAUCACUUGGAACUCAAUGAUCGGUGGCUUUGCUCAGAAUGGAAGAGGAAAAGAAGCUGUUGGGAUUUUCGAUCAGAUGAUUAGAGAAGGUGUUAAGCCUGAUAACAUAAGCUUCAUUGAGGUUCUGUUUGCUUGCAGCCACAGUGGCUUGGUUGGCGAGGGGCGGAGGUGCUUCGUCUCGAUGCGCAAUGACUAUGGGAUGAAGCCGGAGAUUGAGCACUACAGUUGUAUGGUUGAUCUAUUGGGGCGUGCAGCAGAAAUAGAGGAAGCUGAGGGUUUGAUUGUGGAAUCAGAGUUUGAGAGUGACCCUACGCUCUGGACUGCUUUGCUCGGGGCUUGUGCCACCACAACGAGCCCUGGUGUUGCAGAGCGCGUUGCGAAGAAGGUGAUCGGAUUGAAGCCGGAUUGUCACCAAAGUUAUGUGCACUUGGCUAAUGCGUAUAGGAGUGUUGGAAGGUGGCAAGAGUCUCAUGAGAUUUGGAAGCAAAUGAAGGAGAGAGGUGUGAAAAAAUUGCCAGGAAUGAGUUGGAUUGAUAGAACUAGAAGUAGCUCAAAUCCAUCCAUUACUGUGUGAAGUUUGUGUAUGAAUAGAGAGAUAAAUGAAUUUUAUUUUUUC